AGCAUCUCCUCAUGGGUAGCUCAUGGGUGGAUCGGUUUAAUCACAUGCACGAUCAAAAUCAAAACAAUGUGCCUUUCCAACCACACACAUACACACGAGACGGUGAAAUCGGUUCCAAAGUACACUGAUAAAAGCGUACCAUAUGAUACCGGACGUCAAGCGUGUGUUGCUCAAGAGUUGCUCGAUCGUGAAGAAACGUGAACAUAUCUUAAGACAAAUAAACGUGCGUGAUUUUAAAAGUGUUUUCCCUCCAAAAGUAACGCACAAACCAGCGCGAUGGCCAGUGGAAAGUUGUUUCGUGCCAUAAUUAUGGGAGCCCCCGGAUCGGGCAAGGGGACCGUUUCUGGCCGCAUCGUGAAAGCGUUCAGCCUGAAGCACAUCAGCAGUGGCGAUUUGCUUCGAGCAAACAUCGAAAAGCGCACGGAACUGGGCCUGAUCGCGGACAAGUACAUCCGGGAAGGCAAACUGGUGCCGGACAUUUACAUAACGAAGUGCAUCCUGAGCGAGCUCGAACAAAUACGCUCCCACUCGUGGCUGUUGGACGGUUUCCCCCGUACGCGCGAACAGGCGGACGAUCUGUGGAAUCAGGAGCGCAUCGAUUCGGUAAUCAAUUUGGACGUGCCAUUUGAGGUGAUCAUCGAACGUAUCCAGAGCCGCUGGGUGCAUCUGCCUAGCGGCCGGGUGUACAAUGUCGGGUUUAACGAUCCGAAGACACCGGGCCGGGACGAUGUUACCGGCGAGCCGCUAAGCCAACGGCCGGACGAUACUCCGGUGGCGGUGCGGAAGCGGCUCGAGGUGUACGAUGCGUGCACGCGGCCCAUCAACGAGUACUUCGACAAGAAGGGCGUGCUGGUGACGUUUAAGGGUAGCACAACGGACGAAAUUUGGCCACAUGUGAGGAAAUAUCUUGAGGCAAAGAUACAGUGAAAAGUGUUCAUCUAAAAUACAAACAUACAAAACAAAAAGAAACGAACAAUCCACAUCCCAAUUCCAACGAAGCAUACCGCACAAAGUUGCAACAUCAUAGUAGAUAAGAUAAACGAAAAAUGUGUACGAUACGCGGUGCGGACGGAUAUAUGCCCAAUGCCCACGCGGAUUGUAAUUCGAUGGUAAUUCCAAUGCGAUGACAAUAAGCUGAUGCAACGUUAUCUUCAAAUAAAGCAAUCAAAUCAAAUAGAUUA